UAUUACACUACAGCACAGAAACAUGGACCUCUCCGUUUUGCCAAACAACAACCAUCCCGAUAAAUUCCUGCAACUGGAGGUUAAAUCUUUAGUGAAAAACUCUGCCUUUCUGCCAGCCAAAUGGGCAAAAUUCCCAGAAGCAGCUUUACCUGGAGUGCAGCGGUGGCACAACAGGAUCUAUUUACAGAGAGAAAAGACAACUGUCACUGAGCUGCCAGGCUUAGACUUGAACAGGGAUAGUCAAGAAAUAAUAGAUAAAUCCCUGGGGAAACACAUUACUCCCAUCACCCUGAAAUCCACAAUCAAGAGCAACCCAUUGUAUAGUGAUAGCCAUGUGGAUGAUGACUGGGAGCAGAAGAAAAAGACCCCUUCCUGGACUGUGCAAGACUAUGACAGACAGUCACUGCACUCUAACUUGGCCAGCCACAUAAAGGAAAAUCCUAAUGAUCUACAGUUCUGGAUGGGGGAUAUUUAUACUCCUGGGUAUGAUACCUUGUUAAAAAAGGAGAAAGAAAGAAAACAUUCAAAAUAUUGCCGAAUCAUUCUGCUCAUGGUACUGGCCAUUUGCAUCCUAAUUACUGUAAUCACACUUAGUGUUUUACUUACUUAAUAUAGCCAAAUGAUGAUGAAAAUUUUUUCAAU